UGAACCCCACUGAAGAAGAAGAAGAAGAAGAACGACGACUCACUGUUGUGCUGUCAAUAUGCUCACCUUUGUGUCCGUUUCAAAUACAUUACUACAGGACGACUCCGAUUAAAUCUUAGGCCGAUAACAUCAACAGUGAGGAUGAACCCAGCCUGUCUCUCUCCUUCCACACUGAGUCCAAACCUACAGUCACUGGGUCCUGAUUGUGACAGUGGAGCCCAGUUUGCACUGCAGGAUCCAGAGAUGGCAUCAGUGAAGCUGGAAGACUGCAGUCAAACACUGGAGCUGAAUGUCAACAUUAAAGAUGAAGAAGAAGAGGAGGAGAUUGGUACAUCUGUUUCUCAUGGAGACCAUGUUGAGACAUUCUCUACAUCCAGAGAGCAACAGCAGGAAGAUCAGAGAGCUAAGAGGUCUCACCACUGCCCACAUUGUGAGGAGGUUUUCCCAUUUCUAUCAGGACUAAAAAUACACCUACAAAUACACACAGGAGAUAAUCCGUAUUCCCCCUCUGACUAUGGGAAGAGAUUCACAACAUCACAUUCUCUGACAGUUCACCAGAGUGUGCACUCUGGAGAGAAGCCUUACUCCUGCUCUGACUGUGGGAAGAGUUUCUCUCGACUGAGCCAUUUAAAAAGACACCAAAGUAUACAUAAAGGAGAGAAGCCUUACUCCUGCUCUGACUGUGGGGAGAGUUUCGCUCAACUGGGGACUUUAAAAAAACACCAACGUAUUCACACAGGCGAGAAGCCUUACUUCUGUUCUGAAUGUGGGAAGAAUUUCUCCCGAUUGGAUACCUUAAAAACACAUGAACGUAUACAUACAGGAGAGAAGCUUUACUCCUGCUCUCAUUGUGGCAAAUGCUUCACAACAUCAACUGAGCUAAAAGUUCAUCAGAGAACACACACAGGAGAGAAGCCUUACUCCUGCUCUGACUGUGGGGUGAGUUUCUCUCGACUGGGCCACUUAAAAACUCACGAAAGUAUACACACAGGAGAGAAGCCUUACUACUGCUCUGACUGUGUGAAAUUCUUCACAACAUCAACUGAGCUAAAAGUUCAUCAGAGAACACACACAGGAGAGAAGCCUUACUCCUGCUCUGACUGCGGGGCGAGUUUCUCGCAACUGGGCAACUUAAAAACACAUGAACGUAUACAUACAGGAGAGAAGCCUUAUUACUGCUCUGACUGUAGAAAAUGUUUUAAAACAUCAACUGGGUUAAAAGUUCAUCAGAGAACACACACAGGAGAGAAGCCUUACACCUGCUCUCACUGUGGUGUGAGUUUCUCUCGAUUGGGACACUUAAAAACACAUGAACGUAUACAUACAAGAGAGAAGCCUUAAACAUGCUCUUGACUGUGGGGCGAGUUUCUCUCGACUGGGCAACUUAAAAACCCAUAAAAGUAUACACACAGGAGAGAAGCCUUAUUACUAGAGCUGUGGUGGCCAUGACGUUGUGUCAGCCGGUGAUUGUCGUAUAAAUAAUUACCGGUCUCAUGGUAAUUUACCGGUAAUUAACCUAAACAUGUUUAGCAUGUCUUGGCUUCCACCUACGAGCCACUGAUGUGGACCUUUUUGAAACAUCUACAUUGUAAAAAGUAUAAUAAAUCCAUAUAAUAUAAUACACCUUCACAAUAAAUCCAUUAUUUAUUUUAUACAGGUCUAAAAGAAACAUGAUAUAAAGAAAAUGUUUCAGAAGAACAAAAUAGCAUAUUCUGAGUUGUCCUUACAGUAUGUUAGGUCCUGAUCUGGCUUGGCCAUAUGGCUGUGGGCAACACUAGUUCAUUUAGCACACAAUUGAGCAUAGCUGGAAAGAAUAUAUAUAUUCCCCAAAGAAUUUCAGAGGAAGUGUGCACUCUUCUGUGUUAACAGGUCCUCCUAUAUGCUUACUUUAGAUUUAUUUUUACAACUUUAGUUGGGAUCUAAACGUAUGUUUAGAUUUUUAAGACAUUCUAAGGCUGCAUGGUGCAACUCUAAAGAUGAUUUGAAAAAAAGUUGGAUGAAAGGCCUGCUUCUCUGCUCGGUUUCUUUACGCAGGCUGCACACACUUCAUCAGUCUCUCAUUCACAAUUUAACAAGCACUUUAUCAUGUUCUCAACCAUCAGACUGUUCAUCAUUUAAUCUCGUCUUCACAUACAGCCCAUUAAUAUAUAUGUGUAGAAUUAUUUUUCAAUGAAAUAAAACGUCAUCCAUAGCAUGCAGUCGAUUAGUGAAUGAAGGUUACGACGCAUCCAUAAGGUUAGAGGAAGCUAAAAGUUCAUUGAAAUAAAUUGACUAAAUUGUAUAGCCUAAUUAGCCUACUCCUGUCUAUGCAGGAAGAAAGACAAUCCUUCCAAAUAGGCUACUAAAGUAUAGUUUGUCCUCAGGAUAAUUUCCUUCUUUAAAAUAUAAAUAAAUUGUAUAUAAAUUGCAUUGUAUUAAAAUUGCAUUGUCUACAGUCGUAAGGAAAGGCAGGAAAGUGCUCAAUUUGGGCAGAUUAUUGAAGAGUUGAGACUGUCUGACAAGUAGAGAGGCCAAGCCAGACAUUUCACAAUAUUUUCAAAAUACAAUCGCGGGGAAAAUGUACACUACAUGAUCAAAAGUAUGUGGACAUGUGCUCAUUGAGCAUCUCAUUCCAAAAUCAUGGGCAUUAAUAUGGAGUUGGUCCCCCCCUUUGCUGCUAUAACAGUCUCCACUCUUCUGUGAAGGCUUUCCACUAGAUGUUGGAACUUGCUUUCAUUCAGCCACAAGAGCAUUAGUGAGGUCAGGCAUUGAUGUUAGGUGGUUAAGCCUGGUUCGCAGUCUGCUUUCCAAUUCAUCCCAAAGGUGUUCGAUGGGGUUGAGUUCAGGGCUCUGUGACGGUCAGUCAAGUUAUUCCACACCGAUCUCGACAAACCAUUUCAGUAUGGACCUCGCUUUGUGCACGGGGGACAUUGUCAUGUUGAAACAGGAAAGGGCCUUUCCCAAGCUGUGGCCCCAAAGUUGGAAGCACAGAAUCGUCUAGAAUGUCAUUGUCUGCUGCAGCAUUAAGAUUUCCCUUCACUGGAGCUUAGGGGCCCAAACCAUCAAAAACAGCCCCAGAACAUUAUUCCUCCUCCACCACACUUGUCAGUUGGCCCUAUGCAUUCGGGCAGGUAGCGUUCUCCUGGCAUCUACCAAACCCUGAUUUGUCCGUCGGACUGCCAGAUGGUUAGGCCUGAUUCAUCACUCCAGAGAACACGGUGUCCAAUGGCGGCGAGCUUUACACCACACCAGCUGACGCUUAGCACUGCGCAUGGUGAUCUUUGGCUUGUGUGCGGCUACUCGGCCAUGGAAACCCAUUUCAUGAAGCUCCCGACGAACAGUUCUUGUGUCGAAGUUGCAUCCAGAGACAGUUUGGAAGUCGGCGGUGAGUGUUGCACGCUUCAGCACUCGGUGGUCCUGUUCUGUGAGCGUGUGUGGCCUACCACUUCGCUGUACCUGUACACUUCGCUGUACCUAUAAUAACCCGGGCCGUACCUGUUAUAGCCCAGGCCGUCCCUGUUAUAGCCCAGGCCGUAUCUGUUAGAGCCCAGGCCGUACCUGUUAUAGCCCAGGCCGUACCUGUUAGAGCCCAGGCCGUACCUGUUAUAGCCCAGGCCAUACCUGUUAUAGCCCAGGCCGUCCCUGUUAUAGCCCAGGCCGUAUCUGUUAUAGCCCAGGCCGUAUCUGUUAUAGCCCAGGCCGUAUCUGUUAUAGCCCAGGCCGUACCUGUUAUAGCCCAGGCCGUACCUGUUAGAGCCCAGGCCGUACCUGUUAUAGCCCAGGCCGUACCUGUUAUAGCCCAGGCCGUAUCUGUUAGAGCCCAGGCCGUACCUGUUAUAGCCCAGGCCGUACCUGUUAUAGCCCAGGCCGUACCUGUUAUAGCCCAGGCCGUACCUGUUAUAGCCCAGGCCGUACCUGUUAUAGCCCAGGCCGUACCUGUUAUAGCCCAGGCCGUACGUGUUAUAGCCCAGGCCAUACCUGUUAUAACCCAGACCUACUCUACACUAUACGCGCUCAGCCAUACAUUGAAUGGUCUUUUUUGCCAGCAGUGAUUGAGUGAUAUUAUUAGUCAGAAUUAUGACUAUCCAAUCUACUCAUAGCAUUAUGAAUAAUAAGCUAUUUUACAAUUUUACAUAAGUCUACAAAUGUAAUAAUGCAUAGAAUGCUUUAAUACGAAGGUGCGUUUUUAUGGUGAAAAUCGGCUUCCCCAAAGUUGGAGGUCACCUAUGUAUGUCUGAUAGGUUACACCGGUUAGGAAAUAGGAUUCAUGUCCUAGAGACAGAUCCUCUUUAACAUAGUGGCCAGUCAACUCAAUGACUGGGCUUUAAAGAACACGUCUUCACUAGGCUCUGUAGGCUCAAUGACUGGGCUUUAAAGAACAUGUUUUCACUAGGCUCUGUAGGCUCAAUGACUGGGCUUAUAAUAACAUGUUUUCACUAGGCUCUGUAGGCUCAAUGACUGGGCUUAUAAUAACAUGUUUUCACUAGGCUCUGUAGGCUCAAUGACUGGGCUUAUAAGAACAUGUUUUCACUAGGCUCUGUAGGCUCAAUGACUGGGCUUAUAAGAACAUGUUUUCACUAGGCUCUGUGCUCUCUAACCGUGUUCCAGGGGUCCUAGUCUAUAGGCUACGUUUGGUGUUAUUUGGACAUUUGUAGUUAUGAUAUAAACCUUAUUAAAACAUAUAGAGCUAUGCUAUAUGAUGCGUGCGACUAUCAUUUGGAAAAAAAAGGCAUGCGCUGAUUCUUGCUUUAGACUGUAUACUCUGGGCACCAUUCACAAGUGGUAAUACAUUGUUCACAAGUGACAAUAUUGUCAAACCAAUAGACAUUUUCUGAAGUUAAUCUUGUCUUUUACAUGUACUAAUUAACGUUUGAAUUAUAUGUCGUGUUUUUCCCGCAGUUCAUUUUCAUGCCAGCCGUGUAUGUAGGCUACUCCUGUUGUAAAGCGAAGCAAUCGACUUAAUGUUAGGAACGUUGAUAGAUAAACAAACUGCAUUGGGAAUAUUAUAUUAUUAUCAUAUUCAGACCCCUUCCUUCCUCCACUUCCUGUUAUAUUACAGACUUAUUCUAAAAUGGAUUCAAUUGUUUGUUGUUUUUUACUCAUCAGUCUACACACAAUACCCCCAUAAUGACGUUGCAAAAACAGGUUUUACAACAUUUCUCCAAUGUAUUAUUAUUAAAUUGUGUUUACGUGAUAGCUACCUACACAAAUAGCUAGUUAGAACAAAGUGUUAAGAUCAAUUCAUUAAAAA